GAGUGAUAUGAUGAUAAUUUGAGGGGAAAUUACUUCCUUUGGUAGAUAAUAAGGCAACUAGGCGUGCACUUUGUCUGGCGGUGAUGCAGCAGUACACAACCAAUCUUAUCUGAUUGACGCCAGUCAUUAGUGUAUGUUUACGAGACACACGGACUGGAAGGCUGGUCUCAUGAUGUCCAUAAAAAAACAUAAAAUUACACCACACCAUAGUUUGACCCCUUUAUUUUUUGGAGCACAAAACUUUGAAAGUCUUCAUGAAUGCCAUAGUCUCCAUCUGUCACUUUUGUGAGCUACAUGGCCCGAGUGUCAUCUUCUGCACACAGGCAUUUAGAGAUCUUCUUGACCUGGAUGCUCUGACAAAUGUAGGAGCUUUGGAACUUUUAAAUUCUAGAGACUCACAAGAGGAAGAACAACUGAAGGCAGAAGAAGGAAGCUUAUGGAAAUAUGGAAGGAUUCGCACUCAGAGCCAUACUCAAAGGAAGAGUACUUGUUCAAAUGAUACAUGUAUAGCGUGUCGGUCAUUUCCACAUAAUGAGCCUGGAUACAUAAGCAAUGAUGAUUCAGCAAGAGUUAGUUACAUCAGUUCACAGUAUCCACUACAGUCAGAAUUGUAUGUUCUUGUGCGUCAGGCAUGCAUAAGGUCACUUAGCUGUGAGGUGUGUCCUGGGCGAGAAGGACCUAUUUACUUUGGUGAUGAAGCCCGUGGCCAUGUACUGUCUCAUACCUUCUUCCUCCGAGAUGUUCAAGCUAGAGGAUUCCAAAGAUGGUACAGCAUCUUAGUACUUAUGAAGGACAAGAUGCUAUUACUCAACUCAUGGCCAUUCAUAGUGCGACAUCUUCGACAAACCAUCACCAAACUUCAAGAGAAUGCCUGUAAGGUAUGUGAGAAUGAGGAAUCAAAAGUAAGCCACAGAGCAUUGAGGUCUGCAGCGUCUAUGAUGGAUAAUGUUCGUAAACAACGUGUGGCUGGUCAACCAAGGUCUUUAGCCGAGUUAGUUGGAGAGGGAGAAGUAUGGCAGCACAUACAUUCAUCGUUUACAUGGAUUCUGAAGUCAGGUGGACUAAGGCUUCAGGAAAGACUUGUUGAAGGUCCUCCAGUUAAUAUCUAUGUAGCAGAUGGUUCAACAUUUAGCAGUGGUCUAAGUGUACGGCAGUUAUACAACAUAUUCGGGGGCACCAUCUUUCAUCGCAUGGUGCAUCAUUUGUUGAUCGGUCACCAAGUCAUCAUUAGAGGAUUAUCAACAAAUGUAAUAUCAUCCAUUGUUCAGUCAUUACAGCUGUUGCUUCCAAAACACUGCUAUAAAGCAAUGCGAUUUUCACCCCAUUAUGUGGAUAGUGCAUCUUGUAACAUUUUGGGCCUUCACUCACUGGUGAAAAUACCCCAUGUUAUCAUAGGAAAUGGCAACUUUUGCCUUAUUGAUGUGAUCUCUAAAUGUGAAAAUAACGAUAUUCAUGAAAAGAGUUAUACAAAUAUUUUGAACAGAACUUCAUCAAUCGUAAAAGUUAAAGCCAGUAAGGAAGAAGGGUCAGAGAAAGUGGGAAAAGAUGAACAAAGAAACCCAGCAUCAUCAGAACCAAAAGAUAUUAAUGAAAGCAUCAAGAACUUAACAUUCAAGAUCACAGGAGAAGGGGCCUUGCCUGCCCGACCUCCGCAAGUUCUAAGUCGUAUUGAGUCAGCAGUUGGCAAUUCUACUUUAACACAAUCAACUUUGAUGGUUUACAUUUCAACAAUUAUAUAUGAAUGGAUCAAUAAGGUCAAGGUGUGGAUUCAUGUACAAAAUCGCAUAAAAACGUGUCAUAGCUCCUGUGAGAGAAUGCCGUCACCCAUAACCCACUCUCAGCCUGUUUACCGGAGUCCACCAGUGGCCAUAUUACGAAGUUCAACCAAUCAUCUCUCAAGAUCUCCUGGAGUGCCAAGUCUCAGAGGUUCAUCUCCUGGAGGACUGAGUAUGAAUCCUCAAGAUGCCGCUCCACAAGAUGAACGCUACCAGUUAUUAGCUGCUUUGGGGUCAACAGAGUGGGAUGUUCCUUUAUUGGAAUUCUGGGCAAAGAAUUUUAAUAAAUAUUAUGGGCAAGAAAUAAGUUAAAUUGCUGAUCAUUCAUUAGGAAAAAUGUUCAUGAAAAUGUUAAAAGUGCCUUUUACAAUAAUUUAUUAUUUUUUCAAUAUAAUGAAUAAUUUGUUAUAAU